CGUCGAGUUUGAAUACAUAAAAGUUGCAUAUUAUAAUGUGAGGAGACCUUUACGAGACUUCUUUUCGACAGAGAUUCUUAUAAUACUUUCACCAUCGAACUAUCUUCGCAGUAAACGGCAAUACGCGCAUGUGAACACAUCGAGCUAUAAAUAAUAGAUAAACAACUCUGAUUUUGUUCCAUAAUGAAAUACAUAAUCAUAGGCGUCAUCGCCUUGGUUAAUAUUUGUUUGGCGGAUGUAUUACAUAUUUUACCGGAAUACCAGACAACGACAACAUUAAAGCCGUACAGCUUCCAAUAUAAAGCGGGACGAUACCCGGGACACAUUGAUCGCGUCCAUCAAGAAGUUAGAGAUGAGGACGGAAUUAUUCACGGAACAUAUUCAUACGUUGAUCCAAAGCACAAAGUACGAACAGUCGAGUAUAAGGCUGAUAAAAACGGAUUUCAUCCUGCUUUGAUCAAUUUUGAUGACAAUUUUGCUCAGCCUGCCGAUUCAGAAGCUGUAAGAUUGGCCAAGGAAAAACAUAUGCAUCUUUAUCAAAAAAUCGCGGAAGCAAACGCUCAUAACGUUCCAGCAAAUUUGCCACGGGACUCGGCCAGCGUGGCAAGAGCAAAGGACAAGCAUAAUGAAUUGUACCAUAAGAUCGCGGAACAACACGCAGCGAUCGCCGUGCAGAGAGAAGCUGAACGACUAGCUUACGAAGCGACUUCCGUUGUCAAUGACGCAACGAUGAGCAUAGGAAAUCCAACUUCUGGGAUUAUAGGACAUAAAAGCGUAGCUUGGGAACACGGGGAAGGUCCUCCAGGUCAUCGGGGUCCUCCGGGUCCUCCGGGUCCACCGGGUUCUCCUCCCACUGACCCUUCUUCUAAUACUACUGAGACUGCAACGUAGAGAACGAUGAAAUAAGUUAUGGCGAUGGGUUG